CCUAGAUAUGUACACUUAUCGUUAUAAGGUCGCGUUAAUCGCGUGAAUGCUAUCGCUCUGUCAUAUAUACCUAUAUAAAUUUCGCAAUGUGUAUCUCGCACUUUGCAGUAUCAAGCCCAAUGCGAAACCGAACGAUCGUUCGAACUGUCGAACUUUGUCGUUACCGUUACCUGGCUACGACGAUUACAGAACGAUUCCACGCGACAUUGUGCGAAUUGGGCGUAACUUCGGUGAAUCAUCAAACUGCGCAGAAGCAAUGGUGAAAGUGAUGAAUAUAAAGUACUGUGUGUCGUUUACCGUCGUACUGAUAGUUUUAAAUGUAUUUCUUUAUUUCACUUUGGCCUACGUCUCCGUGAAGCCACCCAAUAUCGUCGUUAUCAUCGCUGAUGAUCUUGGAUGGAACGACGUCAGCUUUCACGGUGCCGACGAGAUUCCUACGCCGAAUAUAGACGCCCUCGCGUACAACGGAGUGAUAUUGAAUCGACAUUAUGUGAUGCCAAUAUGUACACCAUCGAGAACAGCUUUCCUCACGGGGCGAUAUCCUAUAAGGACAGGCAUGCAGGGCUAUCCCUUGCGAGGAGCCGAGCCACGUGGGAUACCCUUGAACCACACUCUUCUACCUGAGUAUCUUCGUAGACUCGGAUACACCACUCAUCUCAUAGGGAAAUGGCAUGUUGGUUAUCACACGAGAAAUUUCGGACCCACCCGUCGUGGUUUCGACACUUUCUUUGGAUAUUUCACCGGCUUCAUUCAAUAUUUCAAUCAUACACUCUACGAAAGUGAAAACUUGGGCUACGAUUUGCACCGCAUCGUGGGCGACAAUCACACGGUUGAAUACAGAUACGACUACAUGACUGAUCUCAUAAGUGACGAGGCCGAAAGUAUUAUAUCGUCGCACAACACCGACAAGUCCCUGUACCUGCAACUGGCACAUCUCGCCCCCCAUUCUAGCGACGCCAAAGAGAUUAUGGAAGUACGCAAUUGGAAAGAAACGAACGCCACUCUUGGCUACAUCAAAGAUCUGAACAGAAGGAAGUAUGCGAGUGUCGUUGCCACAAUGGAUAAGUCAGUCGGUCGGGUGGUCGACGCUCUGAAGAGGAGGGACAUGCUAAAGAACACGAUCAUAAUUUUUAUGGCUGACAAUGGAGCGCAGACUGAGGGGUACUUGGCCAAUUACGGAUCCAAUUAUCCGCUGCGGGGGCUGAAAUUAUCCCUGUUCGAAGGGGGAGUUCGGGGCGCGGCGUGCGUCUACUCACCCUUGAUUGACCAUUCGUCGAGGGUCUCGACGCAUUUGUUUCAUAUUGCCGAUUGGCUGCCGACACUGUAUUCCGCGGCCGGCGGUAACUCGAGUGAUCUGAAGCAGCUGGACGGCAUUGAUCAAUGGUCCGCGAUUAAGAGAGUGAAAAGUGCCGAACGGAGAUCGAUUCUCCUGAAUAUCAUGCAGGAAGAGAACGAGGCGGCAAUAAUGGAACGUUAUAAACUCGUUAGAGAUAAGUCCGAUUAUCAGAAGCAUUAUAAUUAUUAUAGCGGUAAUAACGUGUCGUAUCCCAAAUACAAUGUGACGAAUGUGCUGACGUCACCAGCCGCGUUGGCCAUCGCGAGCGUUUCAGCUCGCGUAUUAAAUGCACCCAAAAUAAAGGAGCUCCGGAGGGAGGCCACGAUAGUUUGCGAGGAUACUACGAAUUCCUCCAGUUGCGCGAAUCGCACUUGCUUGUUCGAUAUCUACAAAGAUCCUUGCGAAAUUACGGACCUGUCCUCGAAGCAUCCUACGGUCGUGGAGAGAUUGAACGUGUUCAUCGACAGCUAUAAAUCGGUCCUCGUGAAAGAGUCCAAUAAACCCGUCGAUCCGGCUGGCUUACCAUACCACUUUAACAACACUUGGAUGCCCUGGCUGCCGGACGACUAUCAGCCGAUCAGCGAAAUGCAUCUCACGACGAUGGGCGAAGUUACGUUGCAACCUUAACGACUUCACUUCGACCUCGUCUUAGUGCAUUUGUGUUUAAGUCGAGGAAAAUCUCAGCUUGGAGGAAACCAGUUUUGAGGCGAGUGUCGAUGAUGCGUUCGUUAUCACAAACAAAUGGAGCUUGCGAAUCAAUUUGAUACCAAGAGGCAAUACUUGUCACAGUUUUAAUCGCGAUUUAAGCGAAGAACUCCCCGGAUGACUCUUUUCUUGUCUUCUGAUGCGAUCUGAGUUCUUUUCGCUCUUCAGUAAUUUCAAAAAAUAUUGUACAUUCAAUAAUUUUCGAGAAAAAAUAAUUCUCACACAUACAUUUAUUAGAUUUUGUGACUUUCACGUGAAUGUUAAAUUGGAAAACACUGUAAAUUAAUUAUUCUGAAAGUGAUCUGAGAGUUUUUAUGUAAAUUUAAAUAUUGUAUAGCGAUCUGAGUUUUUA